AUGGAUACCAGAAAACAAGAAUACCCCGAGCUGUACAAAGCAGCUUUCACUCAACCAGCAAUCGAUAAUCAUGCCCACCCACUUCUGCGCGUCGAUGCACGCUACAAAGUCCCGUUCGAAGGGCUCGUCUCCGAGGCAGACGGCGACGCCCUAGUAGAAGACGCUCCAAACACUCUCGCAUGCAUGCGUGCCACCAAACAGCUUGCUGAACUAUACGGCUUGGACAAAUCCUUAGAUUGGGAACAAAUAAAGGAGCAUAGAGACCGCUUAGAUUAUUCAGAUCUGUGCAACCUGUGUUUCAAGAACGCAGGGAUACACACCAUCCUGAUCGAUGAUGGGCUUGGAGGCGUGGCUGAGAUGGCUGAAGGAUAUGCAUGGCAUGACCAGUUUACCACCGCGCCGACGAAGAGGAUUGUCAGAGUCGAGAUUGUCGCAGAGGGCAUAUUGAGGACCUUGUUUGCAGCUGGGAAAGAGUCAGACCUUGAGGGUUUCGAAAAGACGCUGCAGGAGAGUCUGAAAACGAGCGCCGAGCAGCAGGACGUUGUGGGAUUCAAAUCCAUCGUGUGCUAUCGCACAGGAAUGAACGUGUCAGUAUAUGGGAGUGAUAGUGAAAAGAGAGAAGCCCUCGCCCAAGUAUACGCAACAUACAAGGAAUCAGGAAAGAUACGCCUGCAGCACAAACCGCUGAACGACCAGGUCGUGCGCAUCGCUCUCACCGUAGCUGGCCGCUACAAGUUGCCAGUUCAAUUCCACACGGGUUUGGGUGAUAGCGAUAUCACGCUCACUCUUUCGUCGCCAGCGCAUCUACAACCCAUCAUCAAACAAUUCCCAGAUACUCCUUUCGUGCUUCUCCAUUCUUCCUACCCUUACACGCGCGACGCGGGAUAUCUUGCUGCGGUAUAUCGUAACGUCUAUCUUGACUUUGGAGAGGUUUUCCCGUUUGUUUCCGGGGACGGUCAGCGAUCCAUAAUCCGUCAAGUGUUAGAGUUGGCGCCGACGAACAAAAUAAUGUGGUCCAGUGACGGCCACUGGUGGCCCGAAUCGUACUACCUCGGAAUAUAUCAGGCGCGACAGGCAAUUUUCGAGGUGUUGUCCGAUCUAGUGGAAAGAGGAGAAAUAACAGAGGCGCAAGGAGUGCAAAUCAUCGAAAUGAGCUUGUUCAAGAACGCCAAGCAGCUCUAUCAAUUGGCCUGA